AUGUCGUGGAUUAUAAGGUUACAACACCUUCCAUUAUCUGCAAAUGCAGCAGAUAUUCGGGCAUUUUUCGCUGGUCUCCGAAUUCCAGAUGGUGCAGUUCAUAUUGUAGGCGGGGUAGAAGGAGAUGCUUUCAUUGGUUUCGCAACUGAUGAAGAUGCUCGUCAAGCCAUGACUUAUGAUCAGCGCAGAAUCCAUGAUCAGAGGGUUAGGUUAUUGUUAUCUUCGCGUGUGGAAAUGGAAACUGUUAUUGCGAAGGCAAGAGCUGGGGAGUUGGGUGCUGUUGGGCAGGAUAAUGUCCACCUUUCUCCAAAAAUUGAAGAUUCUCAGCCUCUGCUUGCCCGGCAGAUAACAAGUGCUUCAAGCGAUUACAUCCAGCACGGGCCACAGCGGCAGCAACUUCAAACAAGUGUUGAUGUGUAUGGAUUGAGAAGCAUUUCUCGUACCAGUGGUGCAGCAGAAGGAAAUCGUGUGAGCAGCUAUCAUCAGCAGGAUUUUAAUAGAGGGGUUUCUAAUUGCGCCAUAUUCACUGGUUGGAACUAG